AUGACGACAGCCUCAUCUACUGGCUUCGGCUCUUCCGCCUCCACUUCUGCCUCUGCCUCUGCCUCGACCGACAGGACCCUCCGAGUCCUGUCUUUCAACGUCUGGGGUCUAGCCAUCAUCGCAAAAGAAAGAGCCGCCCGGAUCCGGGCUAUCGCAAAGCACCUCGCCUCGUCGAACUAUGACAUCGUCUGCUUACAGGAGUGCUGGGUGUACAAGGACUUCGAAUUGAUACGGGAUGAGGUGGUACAUACGCUCCCCUACGCUCGAUUCUUCAACUCGGGAGCACUGGGAUCCGGUCUCGCCAUCUUCACUCGCUUCCCACUGAUUUCGGCGCGAGUCAUGCCAUAUGAUCUAUCGGGUACCCCACAGCAGGCUAUAGCUGGAGAUUUCUUUGUCAAUAAAGCAGCGGCGAACGUGGGGGUGUUUCAUCCGAUAUUGGGCGAGCUGGAGAUCUGGACGACCCACAUGCACGCCGGAGGCGACCAAGCACCCGACACGAGGCAAGCGCAUAGGAUAGGCGAGGCGUGGCAGCUGUCGAACGCUGUGCGGGACGGCGCAGCAAGAGGUCGAUAUGUCAUGGCUAUGGGCGACUUCAACGCCCAACCCGACUCAAUCCCCAUCUCCCUCCUUCGCUCCCACGCCCAAAUGACCGACUCCUUCCUCCAGACACAUCCGCGCGCAAACGAGCUCGACAACCUCCCCCUCUCCCCAGAGGUUGCGAUGAGCGAAUGUGGCAUGUCUUGCGAUUCGCCACUGAACACCUGGUCAGCAGCUAAGAACAUCUCGGAGAAGAUUCGGGCGCAGGGCGGGAAACGGCUGGACUAUAUUUUCUAUCGGCAGCCGGAUGGGCGAGGGGGCGUGACUUCGAGAAGUGGGGAUCGGGAGAGGGGCGAUAGCGAAGAGGAGGGAAGAGGGCCAGAGCUGCACUGUGUCAAGUGCGAGCUGGUCUUGACGGACCUGGUACCUGGGAAGGCGUUCUCUUACUCGGACCACGCUGGCCUAUAUGCUACAUUUGAGAUUGGCAAGCCGAGGCCAACGUCCAACCCCUUUUCUUCCUCGGCCUGGACAUCGACGGCAGCAUCAGACAAGGACGAUCCGCCUUACACCUUCACACCGGCUCUCGCUCACCUUCCCGGCUCCCCAUCUACCCCCGAGAGACAACAGCAAUCCCCCUCAUCCCUCUCGACACCGGACCUUAUCAGGCGCGCCUCGGGCAUCAUCUCAGACUACGCCAUCCUGUCUCAGCGAGCCGCACGGCUGCACCUGCGCAUGUCUGCCGUGUGUAUAGUAGCGCUGGUGGCGCUAUCGGUGGGCUCGGCGUGGCAGCCAAAGUCGUACAUCCAGCCGAUAUUCACGGUAUUGGGAGGUCUGCUGGGCGCGGCGGGGGCGACAUCCUUCUACUUGGGCUUCGCGUGGGGAAGGUGGGAGGCGGGUAUACUGAGCGAGGUGGUGCAGGAGAUGGAGCUGGAGCUGGACGUGAUUGGGCAGGGAAGAAGGAUAGAAGGAUAA